GGAUAUUAGGUACUACGGUGCUAAAUUUGCAAUUUUGCAAGUUAUCUUAUUGUUGAACCAAAAUGUCUGAAUCCAGUUAGCUAAAUGUCUUUAGAAAUUAACAGUCGCGGUGUCAAUGUUAGGAUUAAAAAAUGGGUUGUGUGUGCUGUUCCUUGAGUUCUUUCGUCUCCAUUGUACUUGAUGCUUUAGAAAGAAUAUCACUAUGCACUGUCUGCGCCAUGUUGACCUGCUGUCUCUUGUUCACCAUCAUCACCGUCAUGGUCAUGGGAAUCGGAAUUGGCUACCAUUAUUGUUUUGUAUCAAAUUCCGUGGAUUCCAUGGCAAAGGCUGCAAAAGCCGCUGGGGCUCUAAGAUCUGGCCCAGAGCAAGCGGAACGUUCGGGAAAUGUAAUGCGAUCAGUUGACAAGGCGGUGAGGCGCGGCUUCGGUCGCAAAACCCGCCGAGAGAUCAACGGCACCAUGACUUCCAACCAAAAUGUCAACUAUACAGACUUGCACAACGGUAAUAUUACUGCCUAUAACGUCGAACGAUUCGACCUAAAAAACAAGACGUGGAUCUAGUGGACAUUAUUAUUUCAUUAUUAUUAUUUCGAAAUAUUUUGUGAUGCCUCAGG